GAAAUGUGACACUGCGUCUCCUCAUCGCUAUAAAAGAGCAAAACCUCAGAUUCCAGCAGGCAUUUCAGAGCAGCCAGACAGCACUGAAACUACAUCACAAAAUCACAGAUCCAAGAUGAAGGCCUGGUUCGUUCUGUUCCUGCUCCUGCCUCUUUGUAUGGCGGAUCAUUACAUUGAGUGCUAUGGUGAAGACUUUCUGAUGGUGAGGAACAUGGUUCUGCAGUGCAGGAGUAAAGUUCCUCAGGCCUGCUACACCAGAGCAACUGGAGAGAAAGGCUGUGUCAGCGAGGUAUUCUGUCAAAGGAAAGGCUGGAAAUGUUGUCAUGAAAGCCGGUGCAACGCUUGAUCCUCACACAGAGUCUGCUAACAGCCAGCUUCAUUCAUGCCUCAGUCCUCUUUGAUUUAAUUUUAUACUCUGACACAAAUGUCUUCAAAUAAAAAAAGUAAUUUUCAGAAAUCA